AUGCUGAAAGAGACUCUCUCGGCCGUGGCCUGGCUCUGCAUGUUCACUGUGGCCUUUGUCAGCCACCCAGUGUGGCCACAGAAGCCCCCUAAGCGCAAGACACCUGCAGAGCUCACCGUGGCCGGCUGCUGUGAGGAGGCGAAGGAGCUCAAGGCCCAAAUUGCCAACCUAAGCAGCCUGCUGAGCGACCUGAGCAGGAAGCAGGAAAGGGACUGGGUCAGCGUGGUCAUGCAGGUGAUGGAGCUGGAGAGCAAUUCCAAGCGCAUGCAGUCGCGGCUCACAGAGGCCGAGAGCAAGUACUCCGAGAUGAACAAUCAGAUCGGCAUCAUGCAGCUGCAGGCAGCGCAGACUGUCACCCAGACCUUGGCAGAUGCCAUCUAUGACUGCUCGUCUCUCUACCAGAAGAACUACCGCAUCUCUGGAGUGUAUAAGCUUCCUCCCGAUGACUUCCUGGGCAGCCCUGAGCUGGAGGUGUUCUGUGACAUGGAGACUUCAGGUGGUGGCUGGACCACCAUUCAGAGGAGAAAGAGUGGCCUCGUCUCCUUCUUCCGGGACUGGAAGCAGUACCAGCAGGGCUUCGGCAGCAUCCACGGGGACUUCUGGCUGGGCAACGACCACAUCCACCGGCUCUCCAGGCGGCCAACCCGGCUACGCGUGGAGAUGGAGGACUGGGAGGGCAACAUGCGCUACGCUGAGUACAGCCACUUUGUUUUGGGCAAUGAACGGAACAGCUACCGCCUCUUCCUGGGGAACUACAGCGGCAACGUGGGGAACGAUGCCCUGGUCUAUCACAACAACACAGCCUUCAGCACCAAGGACAAGGACAAUGACAACUGCUUAGACAAGUGCGCCCAGCUCCGGAAGGGUGGAUACUGGUACAACUGCUGCACAGACUCCAACCUCAACGGCGUUUACUACCGCCUCGGGGAGCACAACAGGCACCUGGACGGCAUCACCUGGUACGGCUGGCACGGCUCUAGCUACUCCCUCAAACGAGUGGAGAUGAAAAUCCGCCCAGAAGACUUCCAGCCGUGA